AGAAGCUGAACAGAAGUGGACGCUUCAUCAGACUACCAACAUGAUGUCGUACAGCUUUAAAGUACUUUUUUAUGUCCUGAUCUCUGCCAGACUGAUGGUUCCUCUGGUUGCUGAUGAUGACGACUGCACACCAGAACUGCAAGUUCGUCGGAACACGUUUUAUAAAGCGGGUCUUGGACAAGAACUCAGGAUUGAAUGUCCAGUUUUGUUCUGCAACAAUUUACCACCAACAAUCUGCUGGUAUAAAGUUAAGGAAGAACAUAUUUGUCUCAAUGACAACAAUAACAAUCACAUCAAGACAGAAUGGAAAAUAUCAAAUCCGUCAGAAGGGAUAUUCUACUUGUUAUUCCAAAGCAUCACCAGGAAUGAUUCAGGUGAAUAUCGGUGUGAAGGUGGAAGCACUGUGAGUCACAGCAUCCUCAUCGAUGUUUAUGAAAUGGACACAAAUGACCCACGUAAAACAAAAACCAAUGACACAAAUGACCAACCUGUACCUGAACAAGCAGACAGAUUGUUGAUGUCUGUCUACUCCACUGCUGGUAUCGUUUCCUUUGUCGUCAUAGUGAUUAUUAUUUCUAUAACAUGCAUGCGAGGGUGCAAAGGAAAAUCAAGGACAGACGCCACAGAGAUCCAGUACUCACCAAGGGGAACACAGGGGAACGUAAAGCAGGAGGAACUCACUUCUGUUGUGUUCAUGGUCUGCCAGGAAGGGAAGCUCCCCGGCCGCUGAGGCAGACAGAGGAGACACAGCUAUACGUUUGGUUGAAUGACUGAAAAUCUGCUGGAAUAAAUGAAUGAUGUAGCUUUUGUAAACGUUAGGUUUACGUCUCGACUUUGACUGGUCCGCUCUAACUCAUGAAUAUGCUUUGAUCCAAACUGUUCCCGCUCUGGUUGCUUGUUUAAAGUUGUUAUCCUUCCAGAAGGAGAAAUCUUUUUCAACCUAUAUAUAAUCUGUUUGUUGUCUUUAAUAAACUCAAUUAAUCUUUAAUAUAAAUCUAUUGUCUUUGUAUCAAGCUGCUUUGCAUUAAAAUGAUUUCACUGUAGAAAGGUAACAGUCAGGAGAAGAGCAUAAGAUAAUCGACUGCAAAAUGUACUGCGAUACUUAAUUUACUUUCUAUCAAUGUCAUAUGCAAACGUUUCAGAAGGUCAAAAGGUCUGCAAAUGAACAUCCAGAGAGACAUUUUUAAAUUAAUAAAACUAAUUUAGAGCCACAAAUGUUACCUGGCCUCAUGCAUACAGCCAACUAAGUUGUUCAACAUCAUGUUCCUAAAACAAUUUAGCCUGCUACUCAUAACGAGAUCUUGUGUUUUUGUAUCAGAGAGAUGCUGUCUGAGCAGAGGUCUUUCACAUCACGAAGGUUUUCACACUUCCUCAACUUAAUAAUAGAUGCAAAGAUCAAACUAUGCAGCCCGAAAACAUAAACUUUGGUCCUGCUUUAAAGAAAAAAGACCAGAACACAGCAGAUCUUUAGAAACUUUAAAUACUAACUUACAUUUAACUUACAUUUCCUAAUAAAUCAGAGGUAACAUGCUUGGAUUGUUAAGUGUUUUUUUUUUUCUGUAUGAAAGUAAAAAUGUAGAACUGCAGUUUUAGAAAUGAUCAGGUUAGAGGACAUUUGUUAACUGUCGUUAACAGACACAGUAAAGGGAUUCACGCAGAUCAUUCAGUCGUGUUUUUGAACAGUUUUGCUCGGUUUCUGUAAAGAGAGCCUGGAUUGAAUGCAUCAUGAAAGAUAGCAACCAGUUAACCAAUUUAUUCUGACCUCUAAAAUGUGUAAACCAAUAUACUGAUAUAGUCAUAAAAUAAAACAAAUUCCUCAAGGACAAGUAUAGCGACAUAAUUAAAUUCAUCCCAAGUUCAAGUUAGCUUUGUUGAAAUCUAGUCAAAGUAAAUUAACGUUGAUUCUGCAGUCAAUUUAUCUGACAUAUUUAUUUAUAUUUAUCCCCAUCAUCAAACACGUUUUAAUAACACAACACAGCAAAUAAACAGUCAUAUUCAAUAAAUUUGAAUAUUAUUGAACAUUUCACUGUGCAUACAGGUAAAACUUUCCGCGUUUGCUUACAGAAAUAUUUUUGUAUAAACAAACGGCUGCAGAAACGGUUUUGAUCAUCUUGACUGACCUAACUUAUAGUAACUUUUGCAGGAAGAACCAGGAAGGCAGCUGAUUCAUGUUCCCAAUCUUCUGAUCGAAACUAUGAAAAUGUUUCCGAUUAACUAAUAAUAUCAGUGCUAUUGUACUUAUAUUAGUAGAAUAAAUCAAAGUGAGCAACUCUUUGACUGGGUUCUUAGCCGCAAAGGCAAGAUAAGAUAUCUUCAUCUGCUUCAUUAAGCAGCAGCACAGGAAGCGACAAAACCACAGAGCAGGGUCGAUCGCAAGUUAUUAAACGCAAAACCCUGCGAUCAAAACAGGGUUUUAAAAAGAAACGAGGAGAGUGACAGGAAAUGUUGGAUGUGCAGUUGCAGGGCCGCGUGAAACCCGAGGGGAGGAUGGGCCGUGGGCCGUGUUACCUCUGCGGUUUGGAAAGUGCGAAGAGUUGACGUGGAGCGACGCGUCACUCGUGGCUGGAGUCACACGUUCCUUUUUUUUUGUCGUUUUUCUUUCACAACACGUCCCAACUCUGCAUGCAGUAACCCACCAAGCAGGCUGCUGUUAAAACGGCAAGAACAAGGAGGAUUAAUACAAAUCGUUAUUGUGUCAUUUCCUCUGUUACAUACAGGCUGGAGGUGGGAGGGACAGGAUGGGGGAGAAGAAUGACUUAAAAUGAAUGAAAAACCUGAUAAGAUCCUGUUAAACGGCAAAGCAAACAGGGCUGCCACCUAGUGGUGAGUCAGCAUAAAACUAAGGGAUUUGUUAAAAAUAAUAGGAGGACAUGUUUCCAAUGUAAAUAAAAAAAUUACCAAAGAAUUUCCUCAAAGAUUUGGGAUGAUUGGACUAUAUUCCACAAUUCCUUUAAGGUUCUAGGUUUCGCCUCAGAAACAGCAUUUUGGAUGGGACAGCACAAGAUUUCUAUUGGGUCAAAGGUCAUAAACGUUGGCAGGUCACUCCAUAAUGUCAAAUCCUGUUGGUUUGGAAACUAAGAUGCUGUUUUUUUAGGCUUAUUUUCUUUUUAAAACAAACAUUUCAAGAUAAUUUCCUCCAGUGUAAAGCAACAAGACGUCUAUUUUUUUUAUUUUUUUUUGACGUAUUCUAAUAAAUCCAUAUUUAGACCAGACAUAGUGUGAGAAACAUCCACAUUCCCAAUAGUUUGUCUUCUAGUCGUUGCAGUUUUCUGCAGCCAUUUUUGGAGUUUCUUGGACACAUUUCUGUUUUUUUUCCAAUAUUUUCUUGUUCUGGUUUCCAUUCCGCUCUUCUUUGCCUGCUUCCUCUUCUCUAUUUAAUUUUUUUAUGUUUUUUUUUUUUUUUUUUUUUAAACUUUAUUUUUAUUUAGUUUUAAACAAGUAGAUAUACAAAUACAGAACACGGCAAAACAAGAGGGCUAGGGCAGGUGACAUUCACCAAUACCGAUAUAAAAUAUUACAUUUCCAUAACUAUUACAAAGUAUUAAGUCCAGAAUCAGGAACCAGAGAACCAAAAAUAUGUGAUCAGGUAAGGAACCCCAUUUUCUCGCUCAGGUGGUGCAGAGUCCCACAAAUCACUGUUCAUCGCCUCUGACAAUAAAGCAUUCCCAACGUU